CCUCCCCCCCACGCCUUGGGCCGAAGCCCUGAUGUGAGCCGGAUCGCUGGACCCAGAAAGGCGGAGACAGAGCACGAUGAAGAAGGACGUGAGGAUCCUGCUGGUGGGAGAACCCAGAGUUGGGAAGACAUCACUUAUCAUGUCUCUUGUCAGUGAAGAAUUUCCUGAAGAGGUUCCUCCCCGAGCUGAAGAAAUCACUAUCCCGGCUGAUGUUACUCCAGAAAGAGUGCCAACCCAUAUAGUGGAUUAUUCAGAAUAUGAGCAAAGCGACGAACAGCUCCAUCGUGAAAUAUCUCAGGCAAAUGUAAUUUGCAUAGUAUAUGCAGUUAACAACAAGAAUUCAAUUGAUAAGGUAACAAGCCGAUGGAUCCCUCUCAUCAAUGAAAGAACAGAUAAAGAUAGCAGGCUUCCGCUUAUAUUGGUUGGAAACAAGUCAGACCUGGUUGAGUACAGUAGCAUGGAAACCAUCCUUCCCAUCAUGAACCAGCAUACAGAGAUUGAAACUUGUGUAGAGUGCUCAGCAAAGAAUUUGAAGAACAUAUCUGAAUUGUUUUAUUAUGCACAGAAAGCAGUUUUACACCCUACAGGGCCCCUCUAUUGUCCAGAGGAAAAAGAGAUGAAACCUGCCUGCAUAAAAGCCUUAACUCGGAUUUUUCGAAUUUCUGAUCAAGAUAAUGAUGGCACCCUGAAUGAUGCAGAACUCAACUUCUUUCAGAGAAUUUGCUUUAACACACCACUGGCAUCUCAAGCAUUAGAAGAUGUAAAGAAUGUAGUAAGGAAAAAUCUAAGUGAUGGAGUUGUUGACAAUGGACUAACGUUGAAGGGCUUUCUUUUUCUCCACACAUUAUUCAUCCAGCGAGGGAGGCACGAAACAACUUGGACAGUAUUGCGGCGCUUUGGAUAUGAUGAUGACCUAGAGCUCACACCAGAGUAUUUAUUUCCCCU